UCUAUCUAUCUAUCUAUCUAUUUAUCUAUCUAUUUAUCUAUCUAUCUAUCUAAUCAUGCACUGAUAUUCUGUGUGUCUUCAACAGUCAAGUGUCUGCGAGAGCGCCCUGUGUGCACCCGGAAAGCAGCUAGAAACUAGUGGCCAGUGUUUUGCAGCCGUGUCUCAAAUCAGACGUCUUGGCUACAAACUGGCAGUCACGCUGACACCAGACGACAUGGUCAGUUUCAGCGAGGACCUCUUAGCUCACAUACGCCUUAUGGUUAUUAUUACAAAAGAAUUACACGAUUCAUAUGAAUAUUAUGACCCAAUGAAUGAAAAUGUUCCAGAAAACAGUGAGCAUGAAACACAAAUCAAUUUCACACUUUAUGUCAAAUCAUGCGAGACUCCUGAAGCUAAUGACGUUCCAAUCCUGAAAUCUGUCAGUUUCACUUCGUAUAUAAUUUAUUACAGUGAAGUAAGCAGAAACUAUAUUGAGAAAAGGAUGAUAGACACGGUAAGUAAACCGUGGCGAGUGCCCGUUGAUAACAUGAAAGAAAAGUUUUUUACUCUCAACCCAAAGAUUGUAGGCUAUAGUCUCCAUGAGCUUCUCUCUCAACAUGUGUCUCAUAACUGUAGUCACGUAGAAUUCUCAUUGCCCCCACAUUCAUUCACAGCAGAGGAAGAAGAGUAUGAUUACAAUGGAAACCAAUCAUCAAGUUCGCAACUCACUUUGCCUCAAGGCUACUCUGAAGAAAAAACUCUUGUUCUCACAUCUGAUUUAGAUGAUUCUAUUAAGCUUCUGAUAGGCCAAUGGUAUAGUAAGGACGCUUUUAUUGACGUCACUAGUACGAUCGUUUGUCCUUUUGUAGAAGUCCGUGUUCUAGAGACCUUAGUUCAAACCACAGAGCAGAUCACUUUCCGAAUACCGUUCGAAGACAGGGUGAUCAAUGUCCUUUAUGAUAAGGAUAGUGUCACUUACGUGGACGAAGACACGAUCCACAUUUGUGUUGACAGGUUCAAAGAGCUCAUCAAACUUCCCAAGACACGCACCAGUCUCUACGAGACAACCGAGAAAUUCCAUUACUAUUUUGAAGUGUCCUGCUUCAGCGUGUCCACGGCUUGCCUCAUUCUGACGUUGUUGACGUACUGUCUGUUCCCUGGUCUCCGCUCUGUCCCCGGCAAAAACAACAUGGCUCUUUGCCUCUCCCUGGCCCUUGCCCAGAUCUCUCUCCUCGCCUCCGUUGAGCUCGGGGCUCGCGGAUGGCUCCCUUCCAUCGCGUGCGCGACCAACGCCCUACUGGUGCACUUGUCCUGGCUCUCAGCUUUCGCCUGGAUGAGUGUGUGUUGUUUCCACAUGUACCGUGUGUUCAGUUCCUCCACCGCUCCCUCCCACGUCUCUGCACACUCCAACAAGCGACGCUAUCGAUACUACUUCCUGAUCGCCCACGGUUCCUCCUGUCUGCUGGUUCUCGCUACAGUUCUUGUCCACUUGUCUUUGUCGGGCGGACGCUCCUUCGGCUACGACACGGUCACGUGUUUUCUGGACACUUCCGGUUCCGGUGUGUCGUUUGUGUUGUCCCUGCUGGUGCCUCUGUGUGCCAUGAUCGUGUGUAACACCGUCCUGUUCUCACUGACCGUGUGGCACAUCGUGCAAGUCACUCGUCUCCAGCAGCACAGCCGUGUGUCCGACAAGCGCAGGGUCAUGACCUACGUCAAGUUGUCCACUGUCACCGGACUCUUCUGGGCUCUGGCCAUCUUGUCCGUGCGGCUGGACUACAUUGCCCUCAACUUUCUCACUUCGGCUCUCGUCGCUUUGCAAGGUCUCUAUAUUUUUCUUUCUUUCAGUGUCAACAAGGCAGUUGGUUCGCUCUAUAAGGAACUGAUAUGGCCAAAACGUGCUAAAGAUAACAGUUCUAGACAUAACGAUCUCGGUGGCCCAGUGCCACAGCACAGACAAAUGACGGAGUCGACGAGCAAUAUUUAUACAGUGUCCCAACACGUCAGCAGUGAGAGUAAAGAGGCUAGCACGGACAUCAGUGAAACACAGUUAGGCAACCGUUUACGCAAAAGUCCCAGUAAUUCUAAUUAAAACUUUAACCUUCCAAGUUAAGGAGGCCAAUUAAAUCGGUCAUACGUUUUCUUCUAUGGAGUCGUGGUUGAUUUAGUCAGCAGUAAUUUGAGUCGCAGUUCCGUUUCCUCUAUCCCUCCUUUUAUGUUGUUAACCAUUUCAACAAAUUCACAAUCGAGCAUGAGCUCUAUUACCUAUUUAAAGUCUACUUUAUGAAAAUUAAUAUAAUAGGCUUCUGGUCUUUACCUGCUUUUUUUUUCUUUCUUUUUCUCGAAUAUUUUACAACAAAACAUGGUGAAAUUGUGCACUCUUCUCUGAUACCAUUGGCUAUUUGUCAGCGACGUUUGCAGGGUUAAAAUGUGUUUUACUUCCCCAUUGACUUACACAGUUGAGAUUGUUGUGGGUUGUUUUAACCCUGCCUGUCAGGGACCACCCGGCCUGAGAUAGACACACAGUCCUAGAAGACAGACUGAGAUAGACACACAGUCCAAGAAGACAGACGGAGGUACUCAAUUGACUAACUUUCCCAAACAGCUUCAACUCACGUCUUAUGUCUGUAAAGGCCAAGACCUAACCAUCAACCACACUUUAAAACAAAACAAAACGAAAAAGAAGAAAAAAAAACGACAGAAAAACACACCCCAAAUAAAAACGUCCGCCCCCCUCCCUAAAAACCCAACAACAACAAAGAAACAACCAAACUAUAAAAAAAACCUGUAGUCUCGAUAGUUAAUUUAUCAUUUUAAAAUAAUGUUUUUGUUUUGUAUACCUUCAGAAUACUUUGUGCACAAAGUGUGGAUCUUAAUUACCUUAAUGUGUAUAUUGGUAAAUAUUGUCAUUCCUUUUCCUAUCAUUUUUCAGCGAAUACAUUUAUGUCAUUAUAUGGUGUAAUCACACGCUUGUCAAAGUUUUGGCAUAUAAUAAUAAUAAUGGAUUGCAUUUAUAUAGCGCAUAUCCACUUAUGCAAUGCUCUAUGCGCU